ACCACCACCACCACCACCACAGCAGCAGCAGCAGCAGCGGCAGCAGCGGCAGCAACGUCUUCGUCUUCUUUUAUAUUAUCUCUUCUUCUUCCUCUUCCUCCUCUGACGAUAAUCCUCUCCGCCAACUAUUGUGACGGAGCAAAUAAUCGACAUAAAAUUUUAAACCCUCCCCCCCUCUCAACCUCCUCCUCCUCGUCGAACUUUCAACCCAGAUCGAUUUACAAUACUCGAUUUAUUCUCCGGUUCUUUCGAUUACCACCAACCUUUCAUCUCCCCCCUUUCAGUCCUUAUCUAUAAAAGAGAAUACUUUUUUUCUAAGUCGCCAAAGAUGGAUUACCAGUCAGGUAGCCGUGGAUGCUUCAAUUGUGGCGAGGCCUCUCAUCAGGCUCGUGAUUGCCCCAAGAAGGGAACUCCUACCUGCUACAACUGUGGUGGACAGGGACACGUCAGCCGUGAAUGUACUGCUGCCCCCAAGGAAAAAACCUGCUACCGAUGCGGCCAGACCGGACACAUCUCCCGUGACUGCACAUCUGCCGGAUCCGGAGACAACUACACUAGCGGUGGUUACUCUGGCGGAGGAGCUGCUGGCGGCCAGGAAUGCUACAAGUGCGGCCAAGUCGGACACAUCGCCCGUAACUGCUCACAGAGCGGAGGUUACGGAUCCGCUGGUUAUGGCGGUGCUGGUGGUUACGGCGGUGGCUAUGGCGGCGGCCGCCAGCAGACUUGCUAUUCGUGCGGCGGCUACGGUCAUAUGGCUCGCGACUGCACUCAGGGUCAAAAGUGCUACAACUGCGGCGAAGUUGGCCAUGUCUCUCGAGACUGCCCCACUGAGGCCAAGGGUGAGCGCGUUUGCUACAAGUGCAAACAAACCGGCCACGUCCAGGCAGCCUGCCCCAACUAAGUACGGCAGAGAAAAGGGCGUUUAUUGGGGCCGUCGUGAGAGAGAAGAUCGAGGAGAAACUGGGUUUCCUUUUCCUUUUUUUCCUUUCUUUUUCCUUCCAGCCAAGCGUGCGGGCAUUCAUAGUUAUUUAUUUUUUGUUGCCCCCCACCACCACAUGGCCCAUUUGGAAGGAUAGCCUGGUCAUGACUCGGACAUGAGAAAAAAAAUAAAUUUUUUCUUUUUUAUUUGGGCCCCCUCCCCCUUUCUUGUUUUUUGCCUCUUUUUUCUCCUUUUUCCGUCGUUUUUCUUAUACUUUAAAUCAUCAUGAGAUUAUGCCUCUUUUUGUUUUUCCUGUCUUUCUUAUGCUACUAUUACCGCUACUACGUCACACAUGGAAAGAAAAACAAUCCCUUUUUUGAAACAAAAAUGAACACCCCCCAUACUCACCCUCCUAUGCACACGCACAUCAUACACAUACAUACAUACACCCUGGCCUGGAUUUGGUUAUGUCAAGGAAAUCAAGGAAAUUACUGAUAGGCAAAGGAGAAACGAAGGGAAAGAAAAAAGGGCAAAAAAAAAAAAAAAAAAAAAAAAAAAAAAAAAAAAGAAGGAAGGAAAAAAGAUAUUCAAACGCUCUGAGGAUGGUUUUGCGUUUUGCUCUUUUGGUUUUUUUUUUUUUUUUUUUUUUUUUUUUUUGUUCUAUGUAUGGAUUUCCUUUUUUUUUAUUUCUGUUUUUGUAAAAGGAUGAAGAGACAGAAAUUGAGAGUUGAAAUGAGAGAAGAAUGACACAAGCAAAGCAAAGCAAGACACACAUCCCCACAUACAUACACCAUCACACCCAUGCAUGCAGGGCAUGUAUAUGCACAACCCGCUCCACCAAAUCACCAAAUCACCAAAUCCCAAAAUCGGAUCAGCAAUGGCACUUUUGUGUGUUCUCCUUCAGGUUGUUUUUCAGUUCAGAGAAUAUAUCUUUCUCUUGUUUUUUUCUCAUUUUUUCUUUUGUCCAGGCUACAUACCAUACCAUCUUCAUCAUUGCAUAUUUUGUGGUGUAUUUUUCCCCCGUUUAUAUAAAUAAGCACACAUACAUGUACUUGCACCUAUCUCCAGCGAGGGUAUGCUCGAGCUAUCGAUCUCACCGGAUAAAAGGCAACAAAAGACUACCUCCGACUCUGAUACAAAAUUGUCGCUUCCCUUUCUUUCGUUUUUAUUUCUCUAGGGUAUGUAAAAUUUCUAUUAGGUCUUCUCGAUUUUUUUUUCAGGGUUCUUUAUAUUUCUUUUUUUCAUUCUUUUUUCUUCUUUUUUGGGAAACCAAAUUGUUAUUUCUCCUAUCUAUAUAGAAUGAAUGGGCUAUGUAUCGAUUAAAUAAAAAGGAUGACCGGGGAAGGGGGGUUAUCUUUCUCUCUUUGCCUUUCCUUUGUGUUGGUUUGCGAGAGACAAGGCCAGCUAUCUGUUUCGGUUUUGAGGUGUCCUCUCUACACGUCAGCUUGUUCUUGUACCGUCUAGUAGCUAGCUAUAGUUGUUUUUAUCCUUGAUUAAAUAAGAAAUACUUUUGCUUUGACGGAGAGAGCAAGGGAGAAGAAGGGAGGGCUGAUAUCAAUAUCAUCAUCAUUAAGCUUAGCCGGGCUCUCUUGUUGCAAAAUAGAAAUGAACAGCGCUAGCUUCAUAUUUUGUUCAAGUGUUUACUUAUUAAUACCCUAUAGACGAACGUGCCGACUCAACUCCCCACUUAGGAGGUUGAUGGAUGGGUAAAUAAGUAGGUAGCUGAAAAGUAUGGUUCAGGAACUCCUACUCUACUCUUUAUCUUCCCUCUACCCACCUAAAU